AUGGUCCCCUCAGUUGAUGGUCGCCUUGCUAUCCUCGCUACCUUACUUAUUUCCUUUGCUGUCAUCACUGCCCUCAGGCGGCCUCCCCUUCCUCCUGGCCCAGUGCCGCUCCCACUAAUAGGGAAUGUCUUAUCUAUCGACGCUAAAGAACCUUGGUUGACUUAUACUCGAUGGCGUGCUGUUUAUGGGGAUCUGGUCUUCGUGCGGAUUCUAGACCAGGACGCGGUCGUGAUCAAUUCUCAGCAUGUUGCACAAGCCUUAAUGGACAAGCGGUCUCGGAUUUACUCUGAUAGACCAUACUUAGCCACAGUCAAGCCAUAUGGCUGGUCGAUCAACUUUGCGUUCAUAGCUUAUGGUGAUGAAUGGCGUCUUUCCCGACGACUCUUCCACCAAACUUUCCGUCCCGAGUCUGCAGUAAAGUUCCGCCCAAUACAGAUGAGACGGGCUCGUGAGAUGAUCGUCAAUCUAAUCGAUGAACCCCAACAUUAUCAUACCCACUUCGCAACGUCAGCCAUUCUCAGUGCUCGUGAUGAUCCUCUGGUUCGAAUCGCGGAACAUGCACAGGCUCUUGGCCUUGUCAUGUUGACCCCAGAGGAGAGCAAUUUUGCUCAAACUUUCCCCUUCUUAUUGAAAUUGCCUGACUGGUGCUGGGGAUCUUCAAUCAAACGCGAUGCUCAAGCUUCGACCAAUGCCUUGAAUGAAAUGGCGGACGUUCAAUUGAGACGGUCGGCGAAUGAGCAAACCAAUAUUGUCUGCUGCUCAACCUCUUCACAGACUACUUCAACCUUGAUGGCUUUUGCUUUCGCCAUGAUGUCUUACCCAGAUGUUCAAAGACGCGCACAAGCGGAAAUAGACUCGGUGGUUGGACGAGAUCGCUUACCUACCUUUGAGGACAGGGCAUCACUACCCUACGUCGAAUCAGUUCUGCGGGAGACUUGGCGAUGGCACCCUAUUGUGCCCCUUGGAGCGACCGUGAUAUGCAACACAUGGUCAGAUAUAUUCUCUCCAGUUGUUGAGACGCUAACCUUAUAUUGCAGGAGCAUUUCACGAGAUGAAAAGCGGUACCCCGAAGCAUUUCGUUUUAUGCCAGAGAGGUUUAUUGAUGUCAACGGUCGGUAUGCCGCGGAUGCUUCUGUGUGGUCUGCUAUUGUAACCAUGUUGGCCACGGAUGACCAGGGCAAUGUGAUCAACUUUACCCCUCAAUUCACGACGGGACUGGUUCAGUACGUGGUUUCCUUAUGCCAUUACAUCCUCCAGUCACUAACAUUGCCGUCGCUUUAG